UGAAAACUAAAUUUUAGUAUAAUUUUCAUUUCUUCUUUUUCAGUAUGUCAUUGUCAGCCAAAGACAAUAUAAAGAAGGGUUCCACACAGUUAAGCCAUAUAUGUGAUCUGAAUAUCAAGAAACAGUCUUCACACCGUCGUCUUGUAUCUGUUAUUGCGACUAUCUCAAGGGCUUCACGUAACUCUGAAACUAUUUACAACAUGCUAUUAAAAGGCGUAAAUAUUUUUCGAUUGAACUUUUCCCAUGAGUCUCAUGAAUCUCAUACUCAAACUAUUGAGCUAGUUAAUAAAGGCCUGCAACGUAUAAAGAACGAGUUAGGUCAAACCGUUUCUGUAGCCUUUGCUGUAGACACCCGUGGACCGCAGAUUCGCACUGGUUUAUUGGAUGGUGGAACUGAAAUUUUAUUACGUAAUGGGGAAAAUAUACGUUUAUCCAUUAAUCGAGAUCUUUACGACAAAGGAAGUAAGGAAGCCAUCUACGUGGACUACCCAAACAUAAUUAAUGUUGCAAAGCCAGAAGAUCGGGUUUUUGUAGAUGAUGGAAAAAUAUUUCUUACCAUUCUCGAGGUUGGAGUGGAUGGGCUCGUCUGCGAGGUAGUUCAAGGUGGUGUUCUAGGCAACAAUUGCAAUGUUAUACUACCUGAAGUGGAGAUCGACCUGCCCGCUGUUUCUGAGAAGGACAUGGACGACUUGCAGUUUAGUGUGAGGGCAAAUAUAGACAUUGUUUUCGCUUCGGGAGUGCGGAGUGCAAGAAAUAUUAGAGAGCUACGUUCUGUGCUUGGUGAUAAGGGCAAGCAUAUUAAGAUCAUAGCUAAGGUGGACAGCAAGAUUGCACUGAGUCGAGUACCAGAAAUAAUGAGCGCAUCGGAUGGAUUACUUCUGAGCCGUGCCGACUUGGGAACACAAAUUCCAAUUGAAAAACUUUUCAUAACUCAAAAGUCGGUAUUGGGACAAUGUAAUAAGGCAGGCAAGCCAGUAAUAAUUGCAUCGAAUGUUCUGGAGUCGAUGCGUUUUAAUCCCUUUCCGACACGUGCAGAAUGUUUUGAUCUUGCAAAUGCAGUGAUUGACGGAGUUGAUUGCAUUAUGUUGUCAUCUGAGGUGGCGAUUGGCUUAUAUCCAAUUGAAACUGUAGGUAUUUGUGAUAUCCUGUGUCGUGAAGCAGAAAAGGUGGUAUGGUACCGCGAUCUUUUUGAGGACUUGGUUCAUGAAACGCAGGGGGAGCUAGAUGCUUCUCAUUCAAUAGCUAUAACUGCUGUUGAAACAGCAAGGCGCACCAAAGCUACACUAAUCAUUGCGCUUACUACAUCAGGACGAUCUGCGGCCCUACUUAGCAAGUUUAGACCUCGAUGUCCAAUUCUAGCAGUCACUAGAUGUGAGAGGGCAGCUCGCUGGGUUAAUUUGCAUCGUGGUGUUUUACCUUUACUUUAUUCGGCAGACUGCGCUGAAAAUUAUGCAAAUGAUGUUGAUGCACGAGUACGUUUUGCAUUAACAAGCGCAAAGAAAAGUGACUUAAUUAGUGAUGGUGAUCCGAUAGUUAUCGUCAGUGCAUGGAAAGACGGCGGUGGCUUUACUAACAAUGUCCGUGUUGUUUAUUCAUUUUUCGAGGCUGACCGUAUGGACUGUUUAUUUCGUGCUGAUCAAAAUAGCUCUCGCAAGAAUACUACAUUGCAAUCGAAACAAGGAAAAUCAGAUCCCCGAACAAUACUGUAGGAUUUUUCUCUAUGAAAUAUAUGUUUUAAUGAUGACCUAACCUGUUGAAAAAUACAUAUAAAAUGAUUAAACCAAAACUUACCAAA